AUGAGAUCACCAAAUGAGCAAAGUCAAAAGCUUAGCGUCAUUAUAGUUGGCGGUGGUAUCGCUGGUUUGACUCUUGCAAACGCUUUACAGCAUUCUGGUAUCGACUAUGUUCUCCUCGAGGCUUACAGCGAACUUGCACCUCAGGUCGGCGCUUCUAUUGGUUUGAGUCCUAAUGGUAGCCGUAUUCUGGAUCAAUUUGGCUGCUACGAGCAAAUCUUAUCAACCGCAUCACGCAUCGACUGGAACGGAAGUCACAGUCCGGACGGGAAAUUGAUAAGGCCGCGUACUGAUGCUAUGCAACUGUUGAAAGCACGCUCAAACUACUCCAUGUGUUUUCUGGAUCGGCAGAACGUUCUCCAGGCCUUGGCAGACCGCAUAGAAAACUCGAAGAACAUCCUUCUAGAUAAACGCGUCAAAAACAUCUUCCACAGCACUGAUUCUGUAAGAGUCGACUGUGACGAUGGGACCUCUUACCAUGGUGACAUUGUUGUGGGGGCCGAUGGAACCCAUAGCGUCGUGCGCAAGGCAAUGUGGCGGACAGCAAGCUUGGAAGCUCCUGGCGAGAUUCCCGAAACUGAACAAGGCAGCAUGACAGCUGAAUACAAAUGUCUGUUCGGCAUAUCAACCGCAGUCUCUGGACUGCCUUCUCAUCACUUCGAUGUAACCUACAUCAAGGACUUGACACCUAUCAUCAUCACUGGAGAGGGCGAUCGUGUCUACUGGUUCCUCAUUGCCCGACUGGAUAAGGUUUAUCGUGAUAAAGAUAUUCCUAGAUACACACGACAGCAGGAGCUCGACUUCGUGUCAUCUCAUUUUGACAUCCCUUUGACUGAGGAUGGCAAGGUGCGGUUCAAGGACGUGUGGAAUAGGCGUGUGAGCAGUCGACUUGUCGCACUGGAGGAGGCCUUUUUCCCACACUGGACAUGGGGUCGUUUCAUCUGUAUCGGUGACAGCGUGCACAAAAUGACGCCCAAUGCCGGUUCUGGUGGCAAUGCAGCAAUAGAAAGCGCCGCUAGCCUGGCAAACUCACUCGACGAGCUCAUACGCCGGUUCCCCACUCAGAGGCCUAAUCUCGAAGAGGUACGAGCAGCACUAUUGAAGUGCCAGCAAGAGAGAAGUGAAAGAGCUUCUUCAACAGUGGCCAUGUCUGCUUAUGUCACAAGACUGCAUGCUGUACGGGGACCUCUGCAAAGACUGUUGGCAUACUAUGUGAUGCCUCAUGCCGGCGACCUUUUCGUGGAUCUCGGAUCGCUUGCAUGGAUAGGAGCCGUGAAAAUCAACUCUCUCAGUUUGCCGCCCCGAUCUCUGCUAGGUACAAUGCCAUUUAAUCCCGAGCAAGGGGUAGGGAAAUCUGAGAGUAUUGUGUAUCGCAUGUUAUGGGCACUUCCUCUAGUGCUUCUGGGAGUCUUUCACCUAAUGGUCCCACCAACUGCUCCGAAGCAUGGCAUAUGGGAUAUCCUCACAGGAUCGGAUUAUCCACCCAACGUUUGGCCUCCAUGUGGCGAUCUACUAUGGAGAGUCUCUGGUGCUAUGGACUUUGGCACGAUAUAUACCAUAAUGUUGAUCGAAUCUGCGAGAAGAGCACUGGCGCUCACUCCAAUGAGCUUGUGA